AUGUCUGCUCCAGCUCAAAACUACAAAAUCGCCGAUAUCUCUCUAGCUGCCUUCGGUAGAAAGGAAAUCGAAUUGGCUGAACAUGAAAUGCCUGGUUUGAUGGCCAUCAGAAAGGCCUACGGUGACGUCCAACCUUUGAAAGGUGCCCGUGUUGCCGGUUGUUUGCAUAUGACCAUCCAAACUGCUGUUUUGAUUGAAACUUUGGUCGCUUUGGGUGCUGAAGUUACCUGGUCUUCUUGUAACAUCUACUCGACUCAAGACCAUGCCGCUGCUGCUAUUGCCGCUUCCGGUGUCCCAGUUUUUGCCUGGAAGGGUGAAACUGAGGAAGAAUAUUUGUGGUGUAUUGAACAACAAUUGUUCGCUUUCAAGGACAACAAGAAAUUGAACUUGAUCUUGGAUGAUGGUGGUGAUUUGACCACUUUAGUUCAUGAAAAGCACCCAGAAAUGUUGGAAGACUGUUUCGGUCUUUCCGAAGAAACAACCACUGGUGUUCACCACUUAUACAGAAUGGUCAAAGAAGGUAAGUUAAAGGUUCCUGCCAUCAACGUUAACGAUUCUGUCACUAAGUCCAAGUUCGACAACUUGUACGGCUGUAGAGAAUCCUUGGUUGACGGUAUUAAGAGAGCCACUGAUGUCAUGUUGGCUGGUAAGGUUGCUGUUGUUGCCGGUUACGGUGAUGUCGGUAAGGGUUGUGCUGCUGCCUUAAGAGGAAUGGGUGCUCGUGUCUUAGUUACCGAAAUUGACCCAAUCAACGCUCUACAAGCUGCUAUGGAAGGCUACCAAGUUGUUACUAUGGAAGAUGCAUCCCACGUUGGUCAAGUUUUUGUUACCACCACUGGUUGUAGGGAUAUCAUCAAUGGUGAACAUUUCAUCAACAUGCCAGAAGAUGCCAUUGUUUGUAAUAUCGGCCAUUUCGAUAUCGAAAUCGAUGUCGCUUGGUUAAAGGCUAACGCUAAGGAAUGUAUUAACAUCAAACCACAAGUUGAUCGUUACUUGUUGUCUUCCGGUAGACACGUCAUCUUGUUGGCUAACGGUAGAUUGGUUAACCUAGGUUGUGCUACUGGUCACUCCUCUUUUGUUAUGUCUUGUUCAUUCUCCAACCAAGUCUUAGCUCAAAUUGCUUUGUUCAAGUCUAACGAUAAGUCCUUCAGAGAAAAGCACAUUGAAUUCCAAAAGACUGGCCCAUUCGAAGUUGGCGUGCAUGUUUUGCCAAAGAUCUUGGACGAAGCUGUUGCUAAGUUCCACUUGGGCAACUUGGGUGUUAGAUUGACUAAGUUGAGCGCAGUCCAAUCUGAAUACUUGGGUAUCCCAGAAGAAGGUCCAUUUAAAGCUGACCACUACAGAUACUGA